AUGGCAGCGGCAGCAGAGGCGCACAGGGUGCUGGUGUACGGAGGCAGAGGGGCCCUGGGAGCCCAAUGCGUGCAGUAUUUCAGAGCCAAGCACUGGGUAAGCACCGACAGAGCGGGCUGGGCACUUGGGGCCGUCGCUGAAUGGCUUGGGUGGGUUGCCAGCAUUGACCUAGCAGAAAAUGAAGAAGCUAAUGCCAAUGUUGUUGUGAAAAUGACGGACUCCUUCACUGAGCAAGCAGAUCAGGUGACAGCAGAUGUUGGAAAACUUCUGGGUGAACAGAAGGUGGAUGCUAUCCUGUGUGUAGCUGGAGGAUGGGCAGGUGGUAGUGCAAAAGCUAAAUCUUUAUACAAAAAUUCUGACCUUAUGUGGAAACAGAGUGUUUGGACAUCAACUAUUUCCAGUCACUUAGCCACAAAACAUCUGAAAGAAGGCGGGUUAUUGACUCUGACUGGAGCAAAAGCUGCUUUGGCUGGAACUCCAGGGAUGGUUGGGUAUGGCAUGGCAAAAGGAGCAGUACAUCAGCUUUGUCAGAGUCUAGCUGGUGCGAACAGUGGCUUGCCAUCUAGGUCUGCUGCUCUUGCUGUUCUACCGGUUACCUUGGAUACACCAGUGAACAGGAAAUCAAUGCCUGACGCAGAUUUCAGCUCCUGGACACCCCUAGAAUUCCUUGCUGAAACCUUUUAUGACUGGAUCAUAGGGAAGAACAGACCAAGCUCAGGCAGCCUAAUCCAGGUGGUAACCACAGGAGGGAAGACAGAACUAGCUGCCGCACAUCUUUGAGACUGAUCAGUGUGAUUGUUUGUGAAAACACAGCAAAUGAGAAGGUUGUAACAUUCUAGUCAAGUUUGGGUGGUCUUCUGUAUCCAGUGAUUCUAUUAUCUUGUUUGUGAAACAAGAUGUUGACUAAUGUUUCUCUGUUCAUAGAUGCAAGCUUUGUUCCUUUACCAAAAGGUAUCCAUUGUCUUCUAUAUAUAUCAAGGCUGUAGAUUUUAAAAUCUGCAAAUGUCCUAAUCUUGAGCAUUCUCUAGGGGGUUACCUCUGUUCUUUAAAAUUAGGCAAACAGUGCUGGCUAUGUAUCAGAAAUUGUGCUUAAUGAUGUGAUGUACCUACAUUUAUCACUGUCAAGUUCUGUCUCAGUUGUCUUUUGGGCAACUGUUUUUGUCCAUUUCAGCAAUAUCGUUGUCUUCUAAUAUCCUAACUCUAGGUUUUUUUUGUUGGACAAGAUAUAAAAUAAAAUCACUGCAGCCCUAUGAAAAGCCCAAACCUGCUACCCCUUUUCCUGUGAGUAUUCUAUACCAAUUCAAGUUGUUCUAUUGGAGCCAGUGGGACUGAAUAAAGGUUACUUGCACAAGAUGGUGUUGCAAGAUUAGAGCCCUUAAAUUGCCUUAAAGCUUUCAAAAGGGCUGUCAGCCCAACAAUUAUUGUAGGGUGUUUUCUGUCCCAAAUAAUUGAUUUACAAUAUUAUAAAUGUGUCUUGUGUAACUCCUGAUGGUUCUUUACUAUCUGAAGGAGCAAAAGUGCCCUAGGGAAAUAUAAAUAGAACACACAGACUAUUGUUAGACUAUAGAGGAUUUUGGGCUAAAUAAAUAUGUAUUGUUUUA